GCUCGGGCGCCGCGGAGAGAGGAAGGUGGUUGCUCUCGCUGUGGAAGGGCCGGCCGCCUCUUUGCCUCCGGAGGGAAAAAUGAGCCCCGUCUUGGCCUUGUGCUGCCUCCUGGGCUUGGUGUCGGCAGGGCCGGCCACUUACUUCAAGGAGGAGUUCGGGGACGGAGAUGCCUGGACAAGCCGCUGGAUAGAGUCAAAGCACAAAACAGACUACGGGAAAUUCAAACUUACUGCUGGCAAGUUCUAUGGAGAUGCAGAGAAAGACAAAGGGCUUCAGACAAGCCAGGAUGCUCGUUUUUAUGCCCUGUCUGCUAGAUUUGAGCCUUUCAGCAACAACGACAAGACUCUGGUGGUGCAGUUCACAGUAAAACAUGAACAGAACAUUGACUGUGGAGGUGGUUAUGUGAAGCUGUUCCCAUCCAGCCUGAACCAGGAAGAUAUGCAUGGGGAUUCCGAAUACAACAUCAUGUUUGGCCCUGAUAUCUGUGGCCCUGGUACCAAGAAAGUCCAUGUGAUCUUCAACUACAAAGGCAAAAAUGUCUUGAUCAAUAAGGACAUCCGUUGCAAGGAUGAUGAAUACAGCCAUCUCUAUACCCUCAUUGUGCGACCUGAUAAUACAUACGAGGUGAAGAUUGACAACAGCAAAGUGGAGUCUGGUACCUUGGAGGAUGACUGGGAUUUCCUGCCCCCCAAGAAAAUUAAGGAUCCAGAGGCAAAGAAACCAGAUGACUGGGACGAAAGGGCUAAGAUAGAUGACCCAGAAGACACAAAACCAGAGGACUGGGACAAAGCAGAGCAUAUUCCUGAUCCUGAUGCCAAGAAGCCAGAGGACUGGGAUGAAGAGAUGGAUGGGGAGUGGGAACCUCCAGUAAUCCAGAAUCCGGAGUACAAGGGAGAGUGGAAACCUCGUCAAAUUGACAACCCUAACUACAAAGGGAAAUGGAUUCAUCCUGAGAUCGAUAAUCCUGAGUAUACACCAGACACCAGUCUGUACAAGUUUGAUGACAUCAGUGUCAUCGGCUUGGACUUGUGGCAGGUGAAAUCUGGUACAAUCUUUGACAACUUCUUGAUAACCGAUGAUGAGAAACACGCUGAAGAAGUUGGCAAUGAAACCUGGGGUGCUACCAAGGAGGCUGAGAAGAAAAUGAAGGAGCAGCAGGACGAAGAGCAGCGAAAGAAACAAGAGGAGGAAGACAAGAAGAAGAAAGAGGAGGAAGGAGAAGAUGAACCUGAUGGUGAAGACAAUGAGGAGGAGGAAGAGGACGAUGAUGAAGAUGAAGAAAAGGAGGAAGAAGAGGAAACAGAAGGGCCACUGAAGGAUGAGCUGUGAUGAGGGUGCUUGUUGGCUGAGCCUCGCCCUGGGCCUGCGCCAUGCAAAUUGCUUGGUUGAACCCAACUAAGGAGAGGGAUAACAGUAAUGUCUCUAUGAGACACAAGAACUUUCUUUUUUUAUUGGUGUGUUUGUUUUGUCUUGGCCCCCUUCCCAGAUGCCAUCAGUUGUUCGUUCAUGUGUGUAGAGGGGAAAUAGAAACUGCAUCCUAAGAAGGCUAAUUGUAGGGACAGAAUCCUUUGAGAGGAGACUGUUGCCAUCAGCAUUGCAUUUUUAACAUGGCCACUCUUUCACUGACAGCUGCUGCCUCUGGUGGUCCUCCAGGAACAGCUCUCCUGUCUGAGCUUGCCUUGGCCCUCCUUUCUGCUCCUCUUUUUAAAGUGCAGGGUUUCUGUGAAUGGGGUGGGGUUGGAGACGGAGCUGCUGCUGUGCCUCAAAGAAGAAUUAAAAUCAAGACCGACAGUAUUCAGCCAUGUAGGAAGUCCUAGUGUUGAAACACCAGGAAGAGUGAACAGAACUACCCUCAAUUUUUUUUGCCCAAUCAGACAAAAUUCUUCAGUGCUUUCUUUAAAAAGCCAAGAUGUAAAGAGCAAAACUACCUUUCUGCCCUGUUUUUAUGGCUGCUCUGGAUAUUGCAUAUAACUUUCCAUGGUGAGGGAGAAGGGAGGGUUAAUAGCAGUGACAGCUGUUGAUGAGUGGAUACGCUCAGGGGCAAUAAAUGUACCAUCUUGGUGGCUGAAAAUGUCUCUAGGCAAGGAGGUGAAGAAACAGGCUGCUGGAGGGAGUAAAAUCACUUGUUCACACUUGAAUGUAUGGAAAAAAGAAUUUCUAUUAAAUUAACCUUCAUGUCUGGCCCA